AUGAGUACGUUUGUUCCGGGGGCACCUUCCUCCCUCUUGCCAAGCGAACUGCUGCGCAACAUCUUCCUACACGAACUCAGCGAGGAGGCAGGGUACGACUGGUGGGCGGAGGCCAACGGCAGGCAUUUCUCGCUCGUCUGCCGGGACUGGGCCGGUCCAGGUCAAGAGCUAGCAUUCUAUCGGCCUACUUUGAGGGGCUACUACCCCAAGGACCCGAUUGCGCUGUUUGCGAAGCACCUUGAGCGCUUUCCGCACAUCGCGAAACUUGUCCGUGACUUGCGCCUGAACUUCAGCACCAACAAGCCCGCCAACGCAGAUGCUGUACGAAGCAUCUUGCAGCGCUGCAAUCGCAUUACGCAAAUCCAAUGGCUGAGCAACCUCGACCUCCUCACGGCGGACCCGCACGUCCUGCCGCUCGCGAAGCUAACGGACGUGCGCCUUGGCGGGUCGAAGCAGCGGUGCGAUAUUUCUGCGCUUCUCGUGAAGCAUGUCUUCUACCAACACGUCCUCCUUCGCGUUUGCCCAGAAGCGCUGACAACCCUGUCACUCACGCUGCACGAGAGCAACUUUGACACCCUCUCACGAUGGGUUGAGCGGUGCACCAACUUGCAUAAUCUUGAGUUCUGCCUUGUUGAGGCCGAUCCCAAGGACUUCGACGUCGAGCUCACAUCCAUGGUCUUGCAGUUACUGCACCUGAGAACCCUCAAACUCAUCCGUGAGGCUGAAAGGUGGGCAACCUGGGAUGAGGAUAACUACAGGCGCAUAUGGGGGCUUGACGAGCUCGCUGCCGAGCUGUCCGACUUCUUCAACACACUGCCUCCGACACUCGUUGAACUGACAGCGGAGGUUUGGGCACCGGCAGGCGAGUGCUACGACCUCGUCAAGACGUUCCUGCGGACGCACUUGCAUGACUCAUUGCUCGAAGCCGUCACCUUCGACGCCGAGGUCAAGAAGUCAUACAAGCAUUGGGAGGGGUGUAGCUGCGGCGACUGGGACUACGGGUCGUGGACGCUCGACGGUCCCGACGCAGCCGAGUAUGAGGUGUCGGAUCCUUCGGUAGAGCUGGAUUGGUGA